AUAAGACCUCCCUAGAAUACUUUUCCUCCUCCACCUACUGCAGCUGUUCCCAUAAACCUGGGAACAGAAACCUCACAGCUAACCUCCCAUAGACUUCACACACUUAAUACUCGGCAUUGUGAUGAUCACAGAAGCCAAGGCCUCCUAAAAGAAGACAGCUCACAUUUGCCUGCCUACUACCAGCUUUUUAUCUUGCUCUUGACCACUCAGAACUUCAGUCUUCCUGCUAUUGCCUUCCAACAUAAUGGAGAAAGUCCAGUACCUCACUCGCUCUGCUAUCAGGAGAGCCUCAACUAUUGAAAUGCCUCAGCAAGCACGGCAAAAUCUCCAGAAUCUUUUUAUCAAUUUCUGUCUCAUCUUGAUCUGUCUCCUGCUGAUCUGCAUCAUUGUGAUGCUUCUAUGAAGUACGGCUGCCACCUCCAGAUCUGUGACAUGCCAGCUCAGCUUCAAACCUAGCACCUCCUCAUGGGGGGGGAAAUACAGCCUGCUCCCUGCCUAGAAUGUCUUUGUGAAGGUCAAGAUGAGGGGUGAAACUAACCCUUAGCCAAUGUAUUCAUCUGGAUCUUGUAAACAAACUUUACAAUGACUAAGUGUGCAUAAUGAAGCUGCCGAUUUCCUCAAAAUGGCUCAUAAAUUUCUUUCCUGAUUAUUUCUGACAAUGAAGUAUGAGUUUUCAUUUUGAAACAGUACUGCCAAAAGUUCACUUUCUGCAUCCAGCACUAGCUUUACUGCUAAGAAGCUCACUUUAUAGCUCAGUCUUGGGGAUAAAUGAAAUUUAUACUGCAUUGCCAACACUUUUUUUUUUU